AUGGGUCACCAGCAGCUCUACUGGAGUCAUCCAAGAAAAUUCGGCCAGGGUUCCUGCUCUUGCAGAAUCUGCGCAAACCAGCACAGUCUGAUCCGGAAAUACAGCCUCAAUAUGUGCCGCCAAUGUUUCCGUCAGUAUGUGAAAGAUAUAGGCGUCAUCAAGCUGGACUAA